AUGGAUUCAUAUCCAUUAAAAUUAAUUGAAUUACGUGAUUUUUUACAAUCACCGUCAAUUUUGAAAGAGACAUUAACAUUUAAACAUGAUAAAGAAAAACCGACACCAAAAGGUAUUACACCCUUUAGUAAUAAAAUAAAUUCAAUAUUUCCAAAAAAGAAAAAAACAUCAAAAUAUAAAAAUUCUACAACAAAUGUUAUAUUUUUGAAUCAAAAAACCAUAUGUGAACGUGAAUUAUGUUUACCUGAGAAUACAAUUUUAUUUGCCGAUGAAUUAGAUCGAAAACGAAUUGGUAUUCAUACAAAAACGAGUAAUUGUUUUGCAAGAAAUGUGACAAUAACAUCUGGUGCUGCCUUAGCAUCGUUAAUACCCGUGUUAACAAAUGCCGACGAUUGGUUAAUUAUAUCAAAAUUAGUUUAUUCAAAACGAUAUUGUUUUAAUUCAAAUAAGAGUCCUACAGUUUAUGGAGAUGUUAUUAUGUUGUUAAAUGUAUCGAAUCCAUUUGUUCGAUGUGAAUUACUCAAAGCAUUUCAUUCGUUACACAAUACAUUCAGUGAAACACAACCAGCUUAUGUAGUUAUUGAUUUUACUCAAUUAUUAAUAAAAUGGUUUAAAAAAAGUUUACAUAAAACAGAUCAAUAUCAUCGUCAUGGUCUUCGAUGGAAAAUACAACCGUAUAAAUGUUCCGUGACAUUUGGAAAUGGAAGACAAUGGAGAACAAAUGGAAAAUUAUUUACUAGUAACGUGUCAAAACUGUUAAGAAGGCACGAUCAUCUAUUGAAAAUUAUGCUUGAUUUUAAUUAUUUGCCAACAAUUGUGUAUUCCAUACAAUUUGAUAAUUUAUUCACGUAUGCAAUAAAUGAAGAACAUGAACAAACAUUAAGAGAUAUGGGCAAUGGUCUCACAUUGUUAUCGGUUCAAAAUUUAUUAAAACUGGAUAAAAAACCGACUAAAGCGACAGAUGAUGACGAAUUUGUUGGAAAAUAUUGUGUUUCACCAUUAGCCUUAGAAAAUCAAAUGAUACCAGAAAUAGUUCAAUCGAGUGGUGAACCAGAAUCAAAUGUUUAUGAAACAAAAAGCACUUUAGAGUUUUCACCACCAGUCAUUUCGCUGAAUAAUCAUCCACUACAUCAUCAACAAUGCAUCUCAACCUCAUCGUAUCCUUCGUGCUAUCAACCAACCCGUCAAUAUGAUCCAUUACUCCAUGGUACUCAACGAGCUAUUUUUGAACAAGUACUGUUUAAUCGAGUAAAUAAAUUAAAAACAAAUCACAAUAAUCCAAUGGAAGCAUUGGAAUUAAUGAAAAAACGUAGUAUCGUUUGUUUAGUUGAAAAGAACAUUAAUAAUAAUAAUCAGCCAAAUGAUCAUCAAAAUAUGAGUAACAACUUCUCACAGCAAAUAAUGUUGAUGUCACGAUCAUCACAACAGCCUCAGAUACCAGCAUCGCUCUUACUUUUAACGAAUAAAGCAAAUUCAAAUGCACAACUAAAUAGAGCAAGUGACAUCUAA